UGGUGCCACAUCUGCUGGUGCACCGUUGUUGUUGCGUUGCAGUGAUGCUGCGGGACCGCCGAGAAGGUUGGAUUGUUGGUUAGUGAGGGUUUAAUUUCACAGUCGUUUAGUCGUCUUUAGUGGCCAAUCAUGUGUUCCUUACGGUGUGCCUCAUCCGGGGUGCUGCUGUUGCUGGAGAUAGCAGCAUUCCUAUCGCUACUUCCCGCUACCAUUGUUCGUUGUGAUAAUGAGCUGAGCGUUGAGCUGACGAUGCAGGCACCGACCGUAAUGGUUGCUUUGCUUAUCCGAAACAAGCAACACACGUUGCCGCAUUUUUUCACUUACAUCGAGGAACUGGACUACCCCAAGUAUCGCCUUUCCCUCUGGAUACGAUCGGAUCAUAAUGAAGAUCGCAGCAUAGAGAUCACGAAAGCAUGGCUGAAGCGCAUCACUCCGCUGUACCACAGUGUGGACUUCAAGUAUCGCACAGAACCGGCAGGUAAGCGGGAGAGCGAGAAAACCUACACGCACUGGACGGAGGAUCGGUUUGCGGAUGUGAUUCGGUUGAAGGAGGAAGCCCUACAGACGGCCCGGAAGAUGUGGGCCGAUUAUGUGUUCUUUCUCGAUGCGGAUGUAUUCCUCACGAAUCCACGAUCGUUGAGGUCGUUGAUUGAUCUGAAGCUACCCAUCGUAGCACCGAUGCUCGUAUCGGAUGGGCUGUACUCCAACUUUUGGUGUGGUAUGACGGCCGAUUACUAUUACCAACGGACGGAUGACUACAAAAAGAUUCUCAACUACGAGCUGGUGGGGCAGUGGACUGUACCGAUGGUGCACAGUGCGGUGCUUGUAGAUUUGAACGUGGCGGAAACCCGCCAUCUUACGUUCGACCGACGUAAUCUACCGGUCGGCCGGUACAGUGGUCCGGUGGAUGAUAUUAUCAUUUUUGCCAUGUCGGCCAACUACUCCAGCAUACCGAUGCAAGUGUGCAACGAGCUGCUACAUGGCUACAUCAUGGUUCCACUGGAAGCUGGUGAAACGGUCGAAGGGAAGGAUUUGGAACAGUUGACGAACAUUCUCGGUUACAUUUUGAACGAGUACGGCGAAGUAAAGCUCAAGCAGGAUAUGAAGAAAUAUGUUCCAGUUGUUGAGAAGGAUAAGCUAUCGCUUUCGCACAUCUAUAUGAUCAAUCUGAAACGGCGAACGGAACGAAGGAACAAAAUGUUAUCGCAUUUCGAUCUGCUGGGGCUCCAGGUUGAACACUUUCCUGCCGUCGAUGGCAAGUCGUUGACCGAUAAGAAGUUGCAGGAACUGGGCAUUCGCUUUCUUCCCGGUUAUACUGAUCCAUUCCACAAACGCCCGAUGACGAUGGGUGAGAUUGGUUGCUUCCUUAGCCACUACUACAUCUGGGAGAAGAUGGUCCACCUAGGUCUAGCCGAAGUGCUUGUUCUGGAAGAUGAUAUCCGUUUCGAGCCGUUCUUCCGCCGUCGGGCACACCGUGUGUUGGAUGAUGCUCGACGGAUCGGUGGCUGGGAUUUGAUCUAUUUCGGACGCAAACGAUUGCAGGAGGAGGAUGAAAAGUGGAUCACCGGCUCGGAGUAUCUGGUGCGGGCGGGAUACUCUUACUGGACGCUCGGUUACGUGAUAACGCUGGAGGGCGCGAAGAAGCUGCUGCGUGAGCGGCCCCUCGAGAAGCUACUCCCCGUCGACGAGUACCUGCCGAUCAUGUUCGAUAAUCAUCCGAACGAGAGCUGGGCGGGUCACUUCCGCGAUCGCACGUUGGUCGCGUGGAGUGCGGCGCCGUUGCUUCUGUUCCCUACGCACUACACCGGGGACGAGGGUUACAUUUCCGACACCGAGGAUUCGGCUCGCAUCGAUGGAACGGUGGCAUCAGCAGGUGGUAGCAGCAAGGAUCAAGAGGGCCCAUCAGCGGGGCUGAACGAAACGGGUCGCGACGUGGCCGCCGAGCCGAAAAAGGGCGACAAAGAACAGCUGCCGAAUGCGUCGUCCGCUCUGUUGGCCGAAUCCGGGUUGGAGCAGGGUGAACAUGAGCUGGAGGCGGCCAACCGGAAAUCCGGCCAACCGGCGGGAAUCCGGAACGAGCUCUAGCGUUCCAGGAACGGCUUGCAACAGCCCAAUCAUCCAAAGAAUCUAACGGACUUAGUUAGUUAGUGAUUAAUGGUUAGUACAUACAACUGUGUUCUCGUGCCUUAUACUCGACCAGCGGCAUUCAGCAUUAACGCAAUGCUGCAUCCUCAUAUAAUCUGCCAUUUAUGUAGGAAAAGUACAAUA